AUGAUAAAUCAGCCAUCGGGGCAGAUUAAGCUCACCAAUGUUUCUAUCGUGAAGCUGAAGAAAGGCAAGAAGAAGUUCGAAAUUGCAUGCUACCAGAAUAAAGUCCAAGAUUUCAGAAAGGGUAUUGAAAAAGACUUAGACGAAGUUCUGCAAAUCCAUCAAGUCUUCAUUAACGUUUCCAAAGGUCAAGUAGCGUCGAAAGAUGACCUCGCCAAGUCUUUUGAUUCGGACGAUCUCGAUACGAUAAUCAAGGAAAUACUCACGCGAGGAGAAAUGCCACUAUCCGACAAAGAAAGGCAACUAAUGACGAAUAAGGUAAAUAACGAAAUGCUGACUAUCAUCAGUGCUAAAUGCAUCAAUCCAAAGUCAAAGAAAAGAUACCCUCCUUCGAUGAUUCACAAAGCGUUAAUCGAAUUGAAGUUUAGCGUGGUCAUCAAUAAGCCUGCCAAACUUCAGGCUUUAGAAGCGAUCAAAGCUUUGGUUGCCAGCCAGAUCAUUCCUAUUGCUCGGGCGAGGAUGAGAGUCAAAGUUGAUUUGAACAAAAGCGGCAAUAGUGAGGUAAUCGAAAAGCUGUCAAUGCUUAUGAAAGCACCUGUUGUAGAAGAAACUGACUCAACAUGGUCUUGCAGCGCCUUGAUAGAUCCUGUUGCAUAUCGCACUAUCGUAGAGCUGUGUAACAACAAGGGUGUACUGCAGGUUCUAGAUAUGGCAGUCGUCGAGAGUAAGUAG